AGCCCCAAAUCAAAAGCAUGCCCAAUCCAACCCAACCAACCGGAGCCUAAUGGGCUACUCUGUGACUACACCACCCGGUCCGCCACGCAUUCUCUACAACCACCACCACCCGAACCCGAAGUCCAUUACACACUUGACCCGACGCUCCCUCCUCCUCUCCGCCCCACUCUCCCUCACCCUCCAGCCACCACCAUCGUCCGCUGCAGCAUCUCCUCCGCCACCCGACACCACCAUUACCGACCGCGUCUUCAUGGACUUCAGUCUCUGCCCCACCUACUUCCGCCCCUUAUCCUCAGCCGACUCAAAACCCACCCUCUGCCCCGACUCGGUCCCGCUGGGCCGGCUCGUCCUCGGCCUGUACGGCCACCACGUCCCCCUUACCGUCUCCAACUUCAAGUCCAUGUGCACCUCCUCCGCCUACAAGGGCACUCUCGUCCACAAGCUUUUCCCCGGCCAAUUCUUCUUCGCCGGCCACCAAGGCGACAAGCCCGGCGACGUCCGCCGCCCCACGGGUCUCGCCCGAAACACCGAGACCGUCGAUUCCAAUGCCUUUGCUCUGACCCAUUCCCGCCCCGGCCUCCUCUCCCUCAACCUCUCCGAGAACGACGACGAAGACGACAUCAAGCUCGACCCGGAUUACCGAAACGUCGAGUUCUUGAUCACCUCUGGGCCCGGCCCAUGCCCCGACCUCGAUUACAAGAACAUCGUCUUCGGCUCAGUGCUCGAAGGUUUGGAUGUUGUGACGGCCAUUGCUGCUAUACCUACAUACAGACCAUCUGAGAAAAUACAGCAAUUCAACGAUUUUGCAGAAUUUCUUGGGGAUGAGAGAGCGAUGAAUGCUCGGGCUCUGUGGAACAAGCCUCUGAAAACAGUGUAUAUCAGUGACUGUGGUGAGCUUAAUGUGGCAAAGCCUUCUCUUUCUCCUCCUAGUCUUCCUUAAUUGCAUCAUAUACAUACAUACAUAUCUGUUAUUGUUGUGCGCUGAUUCAAUGAUUUUGUUGAGAGCCUUUGUAAUUGUAUGUAAAUCUUCUUCUCAAAAGAUUUUGGAAUGAGCACAUUACAUGCUUCAUGCAUUUGAUGCAUGAAAAUUGUGUUAUAUUACAGGACUUGCAUCCUUUAGUGGCAGAAAAUGAUGUUCAAUCUGAUCCCAGUGAAACCAAUUUAAGGAUUUACAGACCUCUUUUGAUGCAUAUAAUGCAAGCUGUAUUGCUUACA